AUAAUUUAUACUGUUUAAUUUACAUCAUUUGAAUUCAUAAUUAUAUUAGUAUAAACAUUAGUAUAAGUAAUCGGAUUUUAUAAUGAAUCAAACAAAAUCUUUUUGAUUUAAUUGUAAUAAAUUUGAUAUAAAUCCGAUCUUUAUUCAUCUAGGUACAAGUUUAAUAUUUCGAAUAUUAAAAAAAGUCCGAUCAAAGUACAUAAUGUCACACAAUGUAUUCGAUUAUCUAAUUGGAAUAGAGGAAAGAAAGGCGGUCCCAGGUCACUUUUAAAUUGAUUUUCAUUUGCAUAAGUUUAGUACAAAUUCUCAAAAAUGCGUGAGUAUAAUUGCAUAGUAUAACGAAUUUCUUGGUGGGGAUAUACCAUUGUUAUAAAAGGAAAUGCAUCGCUGACAAUUUUAGUAAUUGUAAAGGUAUACUUCGUUUCAGUUUGUUUCAGUUUCAUUUCAAAUUUUUAUAUUUUAUUUUGACGUAGAGAAACAAGAAACAUCAUGAGCGAGUAUAAUGUACCAGAAGAAUCGUAUAGAUUUUUCAAAUAUGCUUAUCCAGAACCAGGCGAAGAAGUCGUUAUUUCUGGAUUCGCUGGUAGAUUUCCAGAAUCUGAUAAUGUAGAGAUAUUGAAAGAAAAUAUCUUUAACUUCAAAGAUUGUAUCACGGAAGACAGUCGUCGUUGGAAACUAGAACACCCAGAAAUUCCAGCACGGAGUGGCAAAAUUGAUAACAUUCAGAAAUUCGAUGCAUCGUAUUUUGGAAUUCAUUUUAAGCAAGCCCAUACAAUGGAUCCUAUGUGCAGAAUGUUGCUCGAACAUACUUACGAAGCUAUCGUAGAUGCUGGAAUUAAUCCAGACGACAUGCGUGGAACGAGGACAGGUGUAUUCAUAGGUUCAUGUUUUUCCGAAACCGAGAAAACUUGGUACUACGACAAACUCGAAAUAAGUGGAUUUGGUGUCACGGGCUGUAGCAGAGGUAUGUUGGCCAACAAAAUUUCAUAUUGGUUGGGUGUAACUGGACCAUCAUAUACCGUCGAUACAGCGUGCAGUUCAAGUCUUUAUGCGAUGGAACACGCUUAUAGAGCUAUACGUAUCGGACAAUGCGAUUACGCUAUCGUCGGUGGAUCAAAUCUUUGCCUUCAUCCAUACGUGACUCUGCAAUUUAGCCGUUUAGGGGUCUUAUCUCAGGAUGGUCGUUGCAAGUGUUUCGAUGCGGAUGCAUCUGGUUACACGCGUAGUGAAACCGUGGCUAUAGCAUUUUUGCAAAAAGCAAAAGAUGCUAAGAGAAUCUAUGCUACGGUUUUUCAUGCGAAAACAAAUUGCGAUGGUUAUAAAGAAGAGGGAAUAACGUUUCCAUCUAGCGAAAUGCAGAGUACUCUUCUUAAAGAAUUUUAUGAAGAAUGCGGUAUACCAACGACUUCUAUUCAUUACAUCGAGGCUCAUGGUACCGGAACGAGAGUUGGUGAUCCUGAAGAAUUAAACGCUGUAGAUCGCGUCUUCACUAAAGGCAGAACUAGUCCUCUUAAAAUUGGUUCUAUUAAAGGAAACUUGGGUCAUACCGAACCAGCCAGUGGAGUUUGUGCUAUUGCCAAGGCGAUAAUUUCGAUGGAGUCUGGUCUAAUACCUCCAAAUAUUAACUUUAAUCGGCCACGCGAAGACGUAAAGUGUUUUACAGAAGGGCGAAUCAAAGUCGUUACCGAAGUGACUCCAUUAGAUAGCAAAUACAUAGGCAUAAAUUCUUUCGGCUUUGGUGGUGCUAAUGCUCACGUUUUACUCCAAUCAAACCCGAAAACAAAGGUCAAUAAAAGUUUACCAAAUGAUGAUUUGCCUAGACUUGUAGUUAUUUCUGGACGUACCGAAGAAGCAGUAGUAACCAUAUUAAAUGAUAUCGAUAAUCGACCAGUAGACGUUGAAUUUAUUCGUCUUUUUCAUGAUAUUCAUCUUAAAGAAAUAUCAGGUCAUUUGUAUCGAGGAUACACGAUAACAGGCGUUAAAAAAUCUGACAAGAAAAUAAGGGAGAUUGAAAAUUAUUCUAGUAUCAAAAAACCAAUAUGGUUCGUCUUUUCUGGAUUGGGAUCGCAAUGGCCUGGAAUGGGUCAAGCUCUGAUGAGAUUCCCUAUAUUUGCCAAAGCAAUAGAGAAAUGCGAUGCUGUUUUAAAACCCCGUAAACUCAAUAUUUAUGAGAUAUUAACUAAAAAAGAUAAUAAUAUGUUUGACAAUAUCUUGCACUCGUUCGUCGGCAUUGCUGCGAUUCAAAUCGGCUUGGUAAAUCUUUUAACUUCUGUGGGCGUAAUACCAGACUACAUAAUUGGACAUUCCGUUGGCGAACUUGGUUGUGCAUACGCAGAUGGAUGUUUAACUACGGAGGAAAUGAUAUUGGCAGCGUAUUCGCGAGGAUUGAUACAAACAAAAGUAUCUCGUAAUUCUAUGGCCAUGGUAGAAAUUAGUUAUAAAGAUAUAAAAGAUUUAUGUCCUGCUGACAUCAACGUCGAAUGUCACAACGGACCUGAAAGUUCAAUUAUUAGCGGACCGGCAGAAUCUAUAAACGCAUUCGUUGAAAAAUUGCAGGCAAACAACAUUCUUGCGAAAGAGAUAUCGUGCAAUAAUAUGCCUUGUAAUAGCCGUUACAUCGCAGCAGCCGGAUCGAAACUUUUGGCAUAUUUGAAAGAAGUGAUACCAGUGGCAAGGCCUCGAAGUGAAAAAUGGCUUAGUACAUCGGUACCACGUAUCGAAUGGUCGACAUCAGCCGCACAAUUUUCGUCAGCCGAGUAUCAUACGAAUAAUUUGCUGAAACCCGUACUUUUUGAGGAAAUCUUAGACCUUGUUCCUGACAAUGCUAUUACCGUUGAAAUUGCACCGCACGGUUUAUUACAAGCGAUUUUAAAAAAAUCAUUGCAACCAACAGUAACGAAUAUUACAUUAAUUCAACGAGAUCAUAAAGAGAACGUAGAAGUUUUUUUGCAAGGAUUAGGAAAGCUGUAUAAUGCUGGUUUACAACUUGAUCUUGCUAAAUUAUAUCCGCCCGUAGAAUAUCCGGUUAGUCGAGGUACUCCAAUGAUAUCUCCGCUCGUUAGAUGGGAACAUUCGGAUGACUGGUUCGUAGCAUCUUACAAAAUGCAAGAGAAAAUUGUUUCCGGAGAACGAAUGGUUGAAAUAUCAAUCAUCGAUGAAGAUUUCGAGUUCAUAAGUGGUCAUGUAAUCGAUGGCAGAAAUUUGUUUCCCGCAACAGGAUAUUUAUGUUUGGUUUGGGAAACUUUGGGUAUGAUGAUAGGGAAGUUGUACAUGGAAGUGUCCGUCGUUAUUAAAAAUAUAAAGUUUAAUCGAGCUACCACCAUUCCCAAAGAAGGCAAAGUUGAAAUGAUCAUCAUGAUUCAAAAAGGCACCGGUAAUUUCGAAGUGAUCGAAGGGGGUGCUGCUAUUGUUACCGGGGUGAUCCGUGUUGUAACAAACUUAUCGAAAGAAAAAGUACCCCUUGAUGUGAUCAACAAAAAUUUCGACAACGAGAAAGAAGAAUUAGACGCGAAAGAUAUCUACAAAGAGUUGAAAUUACGUGGUUACCAAUAUAGCGGCCUCUUCCAAAGUAUGCGAAGUGCGUCAGUUUCGGGAAAUAAAGGACAUAUUGAAUGGAAGAAAAAUUGGACAGCGUUCAUGGAUAACAUAUUACAGAUGAAAAUUCUCAGUUUAGAUACUAGAGGUUUAUUUGUGCCGAUUGGAAUUCGAAAAGUGGUAAUAGAUACUAAAGCUCAUCAACAAUAUCUUCGAAAUUUGCCGACCGAUGAACAAUAUAUAUCUGUACGAUUAUAUAAAGAUCUUGACGUGAUUGUAGCGGGGGGUGUGGAAAUGUAUAGUAUUAGAGCUAGUGCAAUUGCUCGAAAAAAACCUAUCGCUGAUCCAGUAAUCGAAGAACAUAAGUUCAUUGCUCAUCGUGAUAAAAAGGAAAUCUCAUUACGUGAAGUAUUAACGUUAUCUAUGCAUAUUACUCUUGAGAAUAUACCGAUCAUUAAGGUGAAAACAAUAGAACUCAUUGAGGAUAAUGAUAAUAUAUCUGCAGAGAAGCUUGCUUCUCCGUUUUUUUUAAAUAUUCUAGGCAAUUUGCCUUUGAUUCAAGGAAACGUUAAUGUAUUUGUACCACCAGACAAAUUUGCCGAAGGAACUAUUCCUAAAGAUAUCACAGUUUCAGAAUCGAAAAAGAUACAUAUAGAUGAUACCGCGGUGUUAGCAGUUGGAUGUGAUUUGUUAAGCAAAGAAAAAAUGGAUAAUUUAAAAGUACUUUUAAAAUCUACAGUAGACGGAGGUUUUAUUUUAUCGCGUGAAAAAAUAAAUACACCAAUGGAUUUAUCCAUAUUAAACAAAUUUAAAUUAAAUAUAGUUUUGGAGAAACAUACAUCCGAGGAAUCCUGGAUAUUAUUAAGGAAGAUAAAGAAAAUUUCCAAGAAUACUUUGUUUAUUAAUGUCAAUAGCAAUGAAUUUAACUGGUUACAACAAGUCCAAACAAUACUUGCCAAUGAAACAGAACGGAAUAUCAGUAAUACGAGAGUUAUACUCGUUGAGGAAGGAAACUUUGAGUCUGGUCUCUUAGGAUUCAUUAAUUGUUUACAAAAAGAACCUGGUGGUGAAAUCUUCCGUGCUGUUUUAAUUCAAGAUCUCAAAGCCCCGAAAUUUUCUUUAGAAUUACCCUUUUAUUCCGAACAGCUCGAAAUGGAUCUUAUUAUCAAUGUUUUACGACCAGGGAACAUUUGGGGAUCGUAUAGACAUGAAUUACUUUCACUUUCCGGGCCCAGACCCAGCUACCAUGCCUUAAUCACUCAAUCGUCACGCGGAGAUUUAAGUUCGCUACAUUGGGUUGAAGGGCCAAUUAAGAAGAACUAUGAAAAUGCAAAUUUUGUUCGCAUUCAUUAUGCAUCGUUAAAUUUUAAAGAUGUGAUGUUAGCAACGGGUAAAAUAGCACCAGAAGUAAUAAUGCAAGACAGAAAAGAAUUAGAUUACGUACUCGGAUUUGAAUAUAGCGGAAUCAGUACCAAUGGUCUCCGAAUUAUGGGAGUUUAUACAAACAGGUGUCUAUCAAAUUUUAUCCGCAUGAGUGAAUUUUUUUCGUGGGUCAUACCUGAAAAUUGGAGUUUAGAGGAUGCAGCGACAAUACCAUGUGUAUAUUGCACAAGUAUCGUUGCCCUUUAUAUGAAUGGGAAAAUUAAGAAGGGCGACAAAGUACUUAUUCAUGCCGGUACUGGUGGUGUUGGUCAAGCCGCGAUUAACUUAGCUCUUCACGAAGGUUGUGAAGUAUUUACUACUGUCGGUACACCAGAAAAGCGUAAAUUCAUUAAAGAAACAUUUCCCAGUAUCGAUGAUAAUCAUAUUGGAAAUUCUCGAGAUACUAGCUUCGAGCAAUUAAUUUUGCAACAAACCAAUGGUGCAGGUGUGGAUAUAGUUUUAAAUUCUUUAUCGGAAGAAAAACUUUUAGCAUCUCUGCGUUGUUUGGCCUAUGGAGGACGAUUUUUAGAAAUCGGAAAGUUUGACAUAGUCGCAAAUAAUUCGUUAAAUAUGGAAUUCUUUGCAAAGGGGAUCAGUUUUCAUGCCAUUAUGUUAGAUAAAAUUAUAAAUACGAGUAGCAAAAUUCAAAUGGAGAUCAGUUCGAUAUUAAAUAGACUUAUUAAGGAGAAUGGUGUCAAACCAAUUAUUAGAACUGUCUUUGGCAAAGAUCAAAUAGAGACAGUAUUUCGAUUCAUGGCUGCUGGAAAACAUAUUGGCAAGGUACUCAUAAAGAUCCGCGAAGAGGAUGAACCAUUGGAUACACCCAUGUUGGCUGAACCUUUUUACACAUGUUUUCCGGACAAAAGUUAUAUAAUUCUUGGUGGCUUGGGAGGUUUUGGUUUAGAGUUAAUCGAUUGGUUGAUUCUUCGAAAUGCUCAAAAUAUUGUCAUUACUUCGCGAAACGGUAUAAAGAAUGGUUAUCAACGCAUGAGAAUCAAAAUAUGGGAAUCAUAUGGCGUAAAUAUUAAAAUCCUUGUCGGUCUCAAUGCGGCUAAACGAGAAGACUGCGAGAUUAUAGUGAAAACAGCGAUAGAUAAAGGUCCCGUCGAUGGUAUAUUUAAUCUUGCGGUUUCUUUGAAAGACGGUAUUUGUAGAAAUCAAACACCAGAAACUUUUGAAGAAUCUUUCAAAGGAAAAGCUUGGGCCACGAAAUGUUUAGAUGAGAUAACUAGAAAACUUUGUCCGGAUCUUCGACACUUUGUAGUUUUUUCUUCUGUCUCGUGCGGAAGAGGAAAUGUUGGGCAAACGAAUUACGGUAUGGCUAAUUCCAUUAUGGAAAGAAUAUGCGAGAAAAGAGUAGAAGAAGGUUUACCUGGAUUAGCUAUUCAAUGGGGAGCGAUUGGAGACGUCGGCCUUAUUGCGGACAUGCAGAAUACCGAUCAGGAACUUGUUAUCGGUGGUACCCUACAACAAAGAAUAACAUCAUGUUUACAAGAACUUAAUAGAUUUUUGCUACAGGAUAAACCUAUAGUUGCUAGUAUGGUAGUCGCUGAAAAACGAUCGGAUAGCAAUAGUGCAGAUAAUGUUGUAGAUACUAUCUUAAACAUUAUGGGUAUUAAGGACUUGAAGACUGUCAGUCAACACACUUCCUUGGCUGAACUUGGAAUGGAUUCUAUGAUGGCUGUAGAAAUAAAACAGACAUUAGAGCGUGAAUAUGAAAUAUAUCUCACCGCGCAAGAUAUUCGAAGCUUGAACUUUGCUAAACUUAUGGAAAUGAAUAAUAAAGAAGCAGAUAAGAAAAAUCGUAAUGAAAAUACUACAAAAGAAAUAUUAGCUGGCACAAAGAUAUUGAUGCAAUUGUUUGGCGAAAAACUUUCCUCCGAAAUAAUUAUCCAGCUUAAAACUAAUCCGGAGGAAGGUCGGGACGAAAUAUUCUUCAUCCCAGGAAUCGAAGGCUAUGGUAGCAUUUUCAAAACAUUAGAAUCGAAAAUUAAAUCGCCUGCAAGUUGUUUCCAACUGGCUACAAAUUAUGAAUUAAAAACUGUAGAAGAGAUGGCUGAUUCACUUCUACCGCACUUAUUAGAAAAACUUAAAGAUCGAACUAAUUUUACGUUAGUGGGAUAUUCAUUCGGAUCGCUUAUAACUAUUGAACUCGCACGAAAAUUAGAAGCCAGAGGAUUUAAUGGUCAGCUAAUUUUGAUAGACGGUUCCCCUCAGCAAAUGAAAACACUUCUAAACCAACAUAUGUAUUCGUCAUCAGAGGAAGAACUGCAAAGUAAUAUCCUGCUUGGUAUUAUGGACGCAUUUACACCUACUAAUAGUGAACAGCUUGUACUUGAAUUAGGAAAAUGCAAAACGUGGGAUGAGAAAGUAAAUGCAUUCUUUAAUGCCAUAUCUCCGGAAUACAAGCAAAUAUAUUUAGAACUGGAUCAAAGAAGCGCUAUUUUCUCAUUUUAUGCGAGAUUGAAAGCAGUUAUAAAAUAUAACCCGGAACCAAUGCCAUUUAUAAGAGCACCAAUAACAUUGUUCAAACCGAUGUUAUCGUCUGUACAACACGCACAGUAUGAUUAUGGACUACAAAAUAUAACUGAAAACAAAGUAAAAGUAUAUGUUGUUGAUGGCAAUCAUGUUACAAUGUUAGAACAUAUGAAAAUUGCAAUGGCAAUUAAUGGUGAACUAUUUGAGGAUGCUGAAGAAUUGAAAGAAAAUUUAAUGAAAGAAAACCAAUAAAAAUAAAAUUAAUGGUUGUAAUGUAUAUUGAUGUAUAUGAUAUAAUGUUUAGUUUUAUUUCAGUUUGCUAUUUAUAAAAUAGGGUUGCGAUAUAUCUGAGAAAAGCUGAAGAUUUCGAUUAUGAUAAAGAUUUGUUUUAAUUUAAAUAUAUCGAAUAUUGUGUUCUUUAUAUUAGUAACGAUAUAUGCCAUUUACAUUUAAAAUAACAAAUACAUUCUUUCGUUUUAUUUCUAUUGCUUAAUAUCGCAUACCUUGAAUGAAUUAAGAAUCAAUAACAUGUAUUAGCAUAUAUUAGAUUUUAGUUGUAUAACAUGAAGCAAUGUUCUUGGAGGUGGAUAUAUGUGUGUACAUUUAUAAUGAAAAUUUACGUGACUCAAACAAAAGAGAUGUGGACAAUAUCGCAAAGCAGUUUGCAUUUAUAGCUUGUCAAUUUCAUGCAUUUACAUCGACCAGCUAUAGCGAGGACAAUUUGCUAUCGAUCGACGAUUAGCAGUGGGGAUAAUGUGAUGUCAUGUAUUUCCUCGUGAUGUAAUUUUUCUUGUAACUGUGUCAGUCAUUUAUUUCCUCCCAAAUUUGAUAAUGCCGCCCAUAUGUUGACUUAUGAAAAGAAGAUUCUGGAUUACAAGAAGCGUUGUCAUAUUUUUAUACAUAAACUAUUCUUGAAGGAACACUAUUUUUUGAUGACUCUUUUGAAAAAAAUAAGAUUUCUUUAAACAUUCGAUAAAGUUAUCUCCUCGUUUAAAUUUUCAUUUUUAAAAUAAGAUUUUGUUCAUCA